AUGGUCAAUUCCUGCUGUGGCUCUGUCUCCUCUAGCUGUUGUCAGCCCAGUUGUGGUCAGACUACCUGUUGCCAGCCCAUCUGUUGCCAGACCACCUGUGGCCAGCCCUGCUGCCCACCCAGAUGCUGCCUGCCAGUCUCCUGCCAAACCACUGUGUGCCGCCCAGUGAGCUGUGUGCCCAGGUGUAACCGCCCAAUCUGUGAUACCUGCUGCCGCCCUCCCUGCUGUGACCCCUGCUCUGUGCAGGAGGGCUGCUGCCGCCCCAUCGCCUGCUGUCCCAGCUCCUGUACAGCUGUGGUCUGCAGACCCUGCUGCUGGGCUUCCACUUGCUGCCAGCCCAUUUCUGUGCAGUCACCUUGUUGCAGACCCCCCUGCUGCCAGCCAGCCCCCUGCCGCACCAUCUGCCGCUCCACCUGCUGCCCCACCUCCUGCUGA